AUGGUAAUCUGUGAGAUACAGUUUAAUAACAAUGCCCAGGGGAUUUACUAUGCCGGGCAGGUGAUCUCUGGUCAAGUGGUGAUCAAAACAGACAAGGUGAAACAGGUUAAAGCUGUGGUACUUAAAAUAAAAGGAUAUGCUGAAACACAUUGGAUGGAUACCGAAUACGAUUCGGGGGAUCAAUCGAGUGGCUCGUCGUUUAAUGGACAUGUGGAUUAUCUGGCCACAAAGGCAUAUCUGCAUGGAUCGAGCUCCAGCAUAGACGUGCCAAUUGAGCCUGGCACGAGAACAUACCGGUUUGCCUGCCAAAUACCCUUGACCUGUCCCUCAUCUUUCGAGGGUACUUAUGGUCGAGUGCGUUAUAUUGUAAAUGUGAUGUUUUUACGUCCCUGGACCUUUGAUCAGAACUUUAAUCGUUGCUUUACUGUCCUUAAAGUGAUGGACUUGAAUACGGAGAGCCUGAUGUUGAGGGUUCCGACUCAAGUCGAAUCCCAGAGGACCUACUGCUGUUUUCCCUGCACCUCGAAACCACUGAGUCUUCGCCUCUCCUUGCCCCAAGGUGGCUUCGUACCAGGACAGACCAUACCCAUAGGUGUCCUUGUCUCCAAUGACAGUUCCAUUCAGGUUGAGGAAAUCACCGCUCGAUUGACUAUGGUCGUUAUAUACUACAGUCGGCCCCCGUGUCCGGACACCAACAAGGACCGCUUUGUGGUUGCUGAGAAGGCGGGCGAGGGUGUCUCGAAAAAUAGCCGAAAACAAUUCACUUUUGAUCUUAAAGUGCCAGCCACGCCGCCGACCUGCUUCAACCUCUGCAGCAUCAUUCAGAUCGCAUAUCAGGUGGAGGCUGAGGUCAAGGUCAAGGGCUGUCAUUCGGGUCAGAGUGUUCAUAUGCCAGUGACUAUAGGAAGCGUACCACUGACCAAAGAACUGCAGAAGCAACCCAGCACUUGGGAGGGCGAUCUACUGCCACCAGAAGUGGAUGCCAAGGCUUUGAUUUUGAUGGAGGAAGACGCGGUUGAUGUGGCAGUUUAUCCACCCAGUCCCUGGGCAGCAGAUCCUUCUAUACCGGCACCAAAGUUCUCUGAGGCCAAACACAUACGAACAAAUGGCAAAAGGUCAUCCAAGUCGAAGAAUAAAUCCCUAAGGAGGGCCCAAUCCGAAAAGAUUGUGUAUACCCCUUUGUAUGCUGUCUUUGAUCUGCCCACAGAAAUGGAAAAUUCUAUUGAGAUGCCAAAGAACUAUCAGUCAGAAGGAGGUUUUAUCAAUGAGGAUAUCGACAGAAGCACUUGGAUGUAAGGAACAUUUGUGUAAUAAAUUAUUAAAAUAUACCAAUAAAACAAUGAAAUUAUA